AGAACAAAGCUUUAUUGGCUUGGAUUUUAAUUAAGUACGAUAUCUAGCUUAUUGCCGUUAACUGGCCGGAGUGCACCUCCGUGGUCGCAUUUCGAGAUCUCACCACGUUGUAUGCUGCACGGUUGAUUUGCCGCCUCUCGAAAUAGAAUUUUGGGCAACUAGUACCGAUACGGAAAAGCACCUUUUGUACCUGGCUUUGUGAACAAAUGGGAUUUGGAAUUUCUGGGCUGAUUUGCUUUCUCGCGUUCCAUUGUAUGAACUGAGAUUUUCAGCAUUUGGGUGUUAUUUGGUACAGGAUGAGAUUUACAUAACAAUCUUUAUUCAAAAAUGAAUUGACAUCGGCAUAUCUCCAGGCAAACAGCGCAUGGUGUCAAACAGGGGUUGCAAAGCAGAUAGAUGCCUUAGUUUUAAAAGUUCCUCGGCAUAUCCAAUUUUUUUUUGAAAAUUUCUCUCUAAUGAGUAAUUCUCAAGAUAAAUAAAUAGAUGAAUAUCUUGGCUUGAUAUUUAUCGAAUGAGCGCUGAUAAGCAACGAAUUUUGAUUUCAAAAACCCUUUCAAGGCUGCUCCGGCACCAGGCGGUGAAGGAAAACUUAUCCAUUGAUGAAAAGGGAUUUGUACCUCUUGAGCAGAUUUUGAACCAUCGUUCUAUGAGGUCACUUAAAGCAACACCUGAAGACAUUUUCAAUGUUGUCAAUCAAAACGAUAAAAAGAGAUUUCGGAUUGUAUCUCGAGAAGGAGAACAGCUGGUCGAAGCCCCAGAUUACAAGGAAAAUAAAUCAUACUAUAUUUGCGCGCUACAAGGACACUCUUUAAGUUUUGUGAGUCAAUCUUACGACAUGGUUAAAUUGACCCCACAAACAUUUCCUGAAGUCAUCGUGCAUGGAACAUAUAGAAAGAAUUGGAAUGAUAUUAAACAAACUGGUGGCUUGAGUAGAAUGAAAAGAAAUCACAUCCAUUUCGCUAAAGGAUUGCCCCGAUGGCUUUCCAAUGACAAUAAUGUUAUCAGUGGCAUGAGAAAAAGCUGCGACCUGUUGAUCUAUUUGGAUGUUGACAAAGUGAAACAGAGCCCUCUCACUUUUUACGAGAGCGGGAACGGUGUAAUUUUAACUCCCGGCGACGAAAAUGGCAUUGUGGGUCUACAAUAUUUCAAGAAAGUUACUGACAUCGAAGGUAACACAAUAUGUAUUUGAAUCCGUGCUAAAUGCACAAAAGUUCGUAAAUUAAUGUUUAAUAGAACUGGAAUCGUAUUUGAAUUCCAGAAGCUUGGCCAGCUCUGCUGUAGGACAAGCUUUUUUGAAAAAUCUGUGCUGAAGCAGUUCGUCGGUUCUCGCCCGAUACUUCACUUCGACACAGAGGCAAACGCUCAGAAAAUCCAUAAACUCACUUGAAAGGGCCUCGGGAUUCUUCAGCGUUGGCGUCCCAUUAGAAACAAUCAAAUAUAGCGCCUUCAAGGGCUCCUCAUUGAGAUAAGGAGGCUCACCUUCCACCAUUUCGAUAGCCAUGAUACCGAGAGACCACACGUCCACUUUCUCGUCAUACUCUUUUUGUCUCACAACUUCAGGGGCCAUCCAAUAUGGUGUCCCAACCAUUGUUGCACGUUUGGAUUUUUCUGUGGUCAACUUGGCACAAAAUCCGAAGUCUGUGAUCUUGACAUUUCCCUUAGCAUCCAGGAGAACGUUGUCAGACUUUAUAUCACGGUGAAUAAAAUUCUUCUUGUGCAAGUGUUGCAGUCCCUUAGUAGUCUCGUAGCAAAUCGCGGCGAUUUGUUCUUCACUUAUUUCAGGAUUGUUAUCAAUGACGUCGGUCAAACAGCCUCCCUCCAUGUAUUCCAUGAUGACCCAUAAGUCGGCAGACCCGUUCAAGUAAGCCUCAAUGAAAUUGACGAUAUUGUCAUGUUGAGAGUCUUUCAUCACCAGGAUCUCGUUCACAAUCAACUCUUUUCUGCUCUGCUUAUUCAAAUCAAUCUGCUUGAUAGCAACCUGCUUGUUGCGCAUUUUCAACGACUUUGCAAGAUACACUGAGCCACUAGCACCCUGUCCCGCUUUUUCAACCACUUGGAAGUAGGGAGCGGGAUUCGUGUUGAUGACAACACUUCUCAAUUUGGCCAUGAUCUGCGAGUCUGUCAUUGUAGAUAUACGUUUGUCCUUGAGACCGGCCUUGCCGACUGGGGAACCUUGUGCCAACUUAUUUUUAGUCGUAAGAGGUUGUCCAUUGGAAGCUUUGCUCGAGAUGGCGGCAGUUGAUGCAGCAGCGACGGCCAGUUUAUUCUUUUGAGAAGGCACCAUUUGCGGCUGUGGAUAUGGCACCGGAUGUUUGUGAUAAGCAGGCAGUUGACGCUGGGAGUUCGGCGAAUAGUGGUUUUCAGGGCUAUAUUUGGACCCAGGAGUUUGUUGGUCGUAACUUGGGGAGCGAUGUGAAAAUGCCGAAUGUAAAGAGGUUUGCGAAUGUUGAUGAACCAGAGAAUAGUUCACAGGCGAAGAUUGUUUAUAAGACGAAGGCGAGUAGUGUCCUGUAGGGCUAGGAGUUGCCAUGCUGGUGUUCAACCUCAAGUUUGAGUUUAUUUUCUUCGAUGGAGUCACAUUCGAAGCUGGAGCAUACGGGUUUUUGACGUUGCUUCUGAAUGUCGGCGGCGUUGGUGGAACCUGUCCAACUGGCUUUGAAGGUGAUGUCGAACUUGGUUGCUGAGGAGUCUUGGUCUUCGUAUGAGGAGCUUCCGGAGCUUUUCUCACAGGAAUAUACUUAUUGUUUGUUGGGUCUGUUUCGCUAGCCUGUGCGGCAGGUGGUGGGGGUGGCACUCUUCUAGGCUGAAGAUAUUUACCGUCUGUCGUUGAAGAAUAGGGUUUGGUGAUGUCGUUGAUAAGCUUUGACGAAGCAGACAUGUCACCAUCUCCAAACGGCACAGCAGAAGCCUUGUCCUUGACACCCAAUUCUGGGCUCACCAUUUCCGUGUAGGUAUUCAACACAUCGAUGACGGCAGUCGGGUCAUUUGCGACGUCCUCAGAUGUGAUAUUGGAACCUUUUAAUAGUGCCAUCCACUCUGGAGGAACCCCUGUUAACUGCCCGCUCGACGGAUCGUACCCAACAUGAGUUUCAUGAGUGACUGUCAAGGGCUUCGAAAAGCCCUCCUUGGGACACUUUGCCAGUAUACAAUCGAUCCACAUGUUGAGCUCCUUUUCGCUUUUCACGGACACAAAUGUCGACCUUGAUCUGUGGACUAUUUCGAAGCAGAACGUUUUGAUUUGGUUCUUGAAGCAGCCUGAAAUGUGAAGCAAGGGAAUGCGCAUCGAGAGUUCGACUUUUUCGUCGUUUUUGUAGAAAUCCAGGCUGGAUUCGCUCAAAACAAGAAACUUCUUUGGCCAUCUAAAAGAAAUUAGCCCGUCUUCUUUCACCUGCACCCACCCACUCUUACGGUAGAUGGUGGCAUGGAUACGGAGCCGGCUCAUUGACAAAUCGUUUGGCGUGUUUGCAUUGGACGUGGAGCUUGCUCCCGACGAAGCACUCGAGUUCUUGCUAUGUAGCGAAGCACCCGACGAUGUCAGUAAUUGGGGAGGCUGGGGAGCAUGACCAAUUUCCGUGAACGCGUUUCUGCCCAUUGCUUCGGUGGUCAUCUUUGACAUCGAACUU